AUGAAGUGUGGUACAAACAGGUACAAACGAAGUACAAACGAACUGUAUAAAAAAAUUUUAAUUUUUGUAAAGUCGGGCGCCAGGUUCACAUCGGUAAAAUCUAGCCAGCUAUUUCUGGCAUUCAAUGAUCUCAAGUCAUUCUUGCUCACUCGUGUUCGAGCUCUAGAAGCCGCACAGCCGCAUACGCCAUCGUUGACGAGCAGUUCAGCGAAAAUAAAGAAAAGCGGACGUCGAGACGAGAUCUCCUCUCACUCUGCUUCUACCACUCCAGGCUCGCAGUGUCCUCUCUGCAAGGAUCAUCACUCGCUGCGAUCUUGUGCCAGAUUCAAGGCCUACUCUGUUGAGCAGCGCCGCGAACAAGUGCGAAAGGCGAGGGCGUGCUUCAACUGCCUGGGCUACAAUCACACGUUGACAGCAUGCCCCUCGACCAAUCGAUGUCGUCUCUGUCACGACAAACAUCACUCUCUCUUGCACGCUGAAGAGACAGCGGCUUCGCAGCCACCUGCUCAGGACUCACACACCUCGGCCACGCUAUCGAACAAGGUCGCUGCUGCCGGAGAAGCUGCAAAGGUUGCAGCAUUGUCGAGCUCCAUCAGCAGCAUGGUGCUGCUCGCGACUGCCAUAAUUACAUUGAUUUCCGAAUCGGGUCGUACGAUUACCGCGAGAGCACUCUUGGACUUUGGUUCCGAAGCGUCGUUCGUGUCGGAGCGCGUUGCACAGCAACUUAGGUUGCGUCGACGCAAGAUCGGCGUAACAGUCUCCGGACUGCAGGGAGUGACCACCGGCAAGGCCUCUCAUGCCGUAUCACUUCUGAUCGGCAGCAGGCGGACGCCAUCUUUGCGCAUUGCUCUGCCCAAUGCGCUAGUCAUGCCCAAACUAACUCCGUUUACUCCUGGUAUUCAGGUACGCAAGGACAACUGGCCCCAUCUUGAAGAUCUCGAUUUGGCGGACCCAGGCUUCGAUCGUCCGGCUGCCGUCGACGCAAUUCUAGGAGCUGACAUCUACGGGAUGCUCAUCGAGGGCGGAGUUAGACGCGGAUCUCCCGGAGAGCCAGCAGCUCACUCUACUGUUUUCGGCUGGGUUCUGAUGGGCCCGCUCACGGCCAAGGACAACUUACCGCCGAGCGGCAUCCUCAGCUAUCACACUACCGUUGAACCUGAUCUAGGUCAACAGCUUCAGCGGUUCUGGGACCUUGAAGAGGUCUCCUCGCAACGGAUUCUCUCGCCUGACGAGAAUUACUGCGAGCAUCUAUUCAAGACAACGCAUUCUCGCGACGCGCAGGGUCGCUACAUCGUGCGCCUUCCGAAGAAACCGGAUCCGCCGGCGGAGCUCGGAGACUCCCGUCGCGGCGCACUUCGGCUGCUCUUGCAGAACGAGAAUCGUUUAAGUCGAAUUACACCUCUUAGGCAAUCUUAUACUGAUUUCAUGAGUCUGUAUUCUGCUCUAGGUCAUAUGGAGCCAGUGUCCAGCAACGAGUCGAACAGGAACUCUUACUAUUUGCCACACCAUGCCGUGACUAAGAAGAAUGAUCCGGGUGGAAAACUACGAGUCGUUUUUAACACUUCGUUUCGUACUACAACGGGCGUCUCUCUAAACGACCUGCUUCUGCCUGGACCUCGGCUGCAGGCGGAUCUUUGGCUCGUGUUGACUCAUUGGCGACUGCAUCGAUUUGCCUUCACCACGGACAUCGUUAAAAUGUUCCGGCAAAUCCGCGUUCAUCAUGAAGACGCUGACCUCCAGAGAGUCUUAUGGCGGGCGGAACCCGGCGAGAAGAUAACUGAUUACCGUCUUGUCACGGUUACGUACGGCACGGCGCCUGCUCCGUACUUGGCAAUUCGAACUCUGUUGCAGCUGGCCCAAGAUGAAGAACAUCGUUUUCCGAAGGGAGCAGCUGCCAUUCGCUCCAACACUUAUGUUGACGACAUACUAGCCGGAGCGAGCACCCUAGAAGAAGCCCUUGAGGUCAAGGAUCAACUUGUAGGUCUCCUUGAAGCUGGAGGAUUUCAGCUCAGCAAGUGGGCAGGCACGCACUCCGCGUUCUGUCCGGACGCAACCAAAGAGAGCGUCUCAUCUCCGACGCAGACUGUGUGGGCGCACUUGGCGUCCUUUGGACUCCCGCCGUUGAUGAACUGA